GCAAACCUCGGCAAUUUCUUAUGCUGAUGAAUGCUGAUUUCCACGAGAAGCAAUUCGCUCCAAGUUCAGGAACACGCAUUGGCGCUGAUGCAUGUUAGUGGCUUUGGCUAGCUUGAUUGUGUUAACGGCAAAGUCAAUUCACCAGUGGAUUCAGCGUGUGUUUUCGUUUCGUACUCCGUUCGUUAGUUGUGGUUGUAUGAGUGGCAGUACGUUAGUUAGGUUGAGGGAAGGGCUGAGCCGAGGCAAUUCCACGGAGCCUGACGUCAAGUGAGACCCCCUGAGGACUUAACUCGAAUCCCGAAACACUGACAUUCUUUUUUUUUUCUUUUUCAUCUCUUUUUUUUCUUUUAAUAAGUAUAGUGGUUAGCAGCUGCUUGGAUUUAAUUAUUCAAUUGGAUAUGAACCCCCUUUGAAAAAAAUCCAACCGACAAUACAAAGAUGAGUGGCAGCGAUAAAGACACCAAGUUGGAGGGGACGGAGAAAGUGUUGGACAAGCGGACGACGCUGCUACGGCCUCCAGAGCCGGAUGCAAACAAGGCGCCUAUCGAGAACACGGUCGAGGUGACGCCGCUGGCGGUGUUGGGACCGGACAUCUUCACCAACACACGGCCGCUGUGGCUGCCCCCCGGCGCGCGAGGCGUCUACGGAGGCGCUGUGAUUGCGCAGAGCCUGGCCGCGGCCCAGCUGACGGUUCAGGACCACUUCUUGGUGCACUCGUGCCACUGCUAUUUCCUGCUGGCUGGCUCCGCGACGAUCCCCAUCAUGUACCACGUCGAGCGGGUGCGCGACGGGCGGUCGUUUGCGACGCGGACGGUGCAGGCGCGGCAGAAGGGCAACUGCAUCUUCACGACGACCAUCAGCUUCGUGCGCGAGAACAGCGGCGGCGCAAAGCAGAUCCAGCACGCGGCGGCGCUGCCCGACGUCGAGAUGCCGGACCCGAGCUGGGACACGGAGGGAGACGCGCUCUGGGACCGGGCUGGGCCGUUUAAGAGCCGGCGCAUCGAGCUCAAGGACGCCGACGCCCGGCCGGACCAGCGAAAAGCCCGACAGUGGCAUCGCUGCCGAGGACAGAUCUCGGCGGCGGGAGGGCAUCAAGCGCAUCUCAACGCGCUGGCCUACGUCUCGGACAGCUACUUCAUCGGCACGGUGUCGCGCAUCCACCGGCUGUGGCGGCUGGGCCUGACGCCCGAGCAGGUCGCCGAGCUACCUGAUGCUGAGGGCGACAAGAUGCGGCAGUUUCUCGAGUUUGAGGGCAUGGGCAGCCGGCUGGAGGACUGGGCGGGGAGGCCGCGGGUCGGGAUGCUGGUGAGCCUGGACCACAGCAUUUACUUUCAUGAGCCGAAGCGGGUGAGGGCGGACGAGUGGAUGUUUUCGGAGAUGGAGAGCCCGUGGAGCGGGGAUGGGAGGGGGCUUGUGAUGCAGCGGAUUUAUGCGGCGGAUGGGACGUUGUUGGCGAGUUGCGUGCAGGAGGGUGUUGUUCGGUUGCAGCAGGACGAGGCCGAGAGGGGGUCCAAGAUUUGAACAACGGGAGAGACCUCUUUGAAUUGGGAUAAAGAACAUGGGAGGAUCAUGGCGUUUUUUUGUACAGCGUGGAAAGGAACGAGAUUUGGGUUCAAAUUCGAACUGCUAGACAUUUCUAAUUGGCUACUUUUAGGUGGCUUGCUUGUUCAUGUUGUUUGAGUUCAAGUUUACAAGAGCUACAUACAUGAACUGUUUGGGUUGACAACAAGCCCGUGUUCAAACUAACAAUAAACUGUUGGGUUUAGAAUAUACUCACCAACGCAAC